AACAUCGUUAUCUUUGGAGAAACAGGAGUGGGCAAAAGCUCUGUCAUUAACCUGAUGGCUGGCCAGGAGAUUGCGCACAUAUCACCCGACGGUGCUCACCGCUGUACUCUGCAUUGGACGGAGUACCAAAUAACCUUCGAAAAUGGGUCUCGAUACAAGGUGUUUGAUAUGGUCGGCCUCCAAGAGCCUCGUCUACAAACCGGAGAGUACCUCUUCGCAAUUUCAAAUGCAUAUAGCCUCAUCAACACUUUGAAAGAAUGUGGAGGUGUCAACCUCUUGCUCUUCUGUAUACGUGGAGGCAUAGCCACAGCAACCAUGCAGAGCAACUAUAGGUUGUUCUUCAAAUUUUUCUGCAAGGAAAAAGUCCCGCUCGCGCUGGUCGUCACAAACCUCGAAAGAGAGACAAGGAUGGAAGACUGGUACACGCGGAAUAUGGGCUACUUGGAGAAUUAUAACAUCAGGUCUGCGGGACACGCAUGCAUAACUGCGGCGAAUCUUCUGGAUGGGAGGCAUAGAGACAAGUAUGAGGAGUCGUGUGGAAUACUCCGUAGAGUGGUUGAGGUUCAUUGCAACACAUCCAUGAAAGGGUGGGCCGACCCUAGACAAGGAUGGCUUAUCAAGCUUGAGGUUUCACAUCCCAAAAAGACGGACAUCAUUGGGGUUCUCACGAAAUGA